AUGCGGAUGUCUAUGAGCUCGGUGUUGGUAAUUUGUGUCCUCAGCAAGGUCGGCUAUACUGAGGAUACGCUGUUUUACAAUCUGGUCGAAGAACUUGCAAACUGGCAAACCACUCACCCGUUGAAUGAUACCACCGCCAAUCUCCCUCUUAAUUUGCCAGCGUCAAAAUACACCUUGCAGCCCACGUUGAACACAACCGACAAUAUCAGCAACACCAUCUUCACCAUUCAAGGAAAGGAUAAAGUACCCAAAUGGUCAUUCAGUACUGGUUUGUUUGCAAAUAAAGCGCAAGAGAUGGGGUAUCAAGAUUGUCGUGAAAUUGCAAAGUACAAGAAAAGGCCAAUUACCAUAAUUGAAACUGAGCCAGAGGUUGAUGAGCAGAAACCAGUAGCAAAACCAAAGAAGCCCAAAAAGCCAAAAUCGAAGCCAAAGCCUCCACCUGAAUGGUUAUUGGAGUCUUCUUCAAGUGAAGAGGAGGAGGGUGAGGAGGAAAGCGAUGGAAGAGAAAAAGGGUUGAACUUUUCCGGGUCAGAGUCCGAUGAAGAUAGCGAUUUGUCCGAAACUGAAGGGAAGCAUUGGUUCUUGGGUCUCAGUGUUGAAGGUGGCAAGAACGGGAGUAAGCAUCAUUUGCUUAAUGAGAAUAAAUUAGUUACCAAAGUCGGAACCAACCACCCUGGUUUAUUUCUUGAUCACCAUGAGACAGUCGACGAUAGCGCUAGGAACCCCAAAGCUUUGAAUGUAUCAAGUGUAGCAAAGAGGGAUUACAUAGAGGAUGACUAUGUCGUUGAUGCAGAGGAUUUCCAACGAGGAAAAGACGUUUCUGACAAAAAGCUUGCCCCCAAGUUUGAGGCAUGGCAAGUGAAGUCAGCUGUGAGCAAAAGUAACGAUUCUACAUGGCAAUUUGCAAACUUCAGCUCGUCUAGUAUUGCAGGAAAUCAAUAUUCGAGUGUGUAUUUGUUCAGUGAGUCCAAAGCUUGUCGCUCGUUAUCGUUAGUGGCUUAUGUUUUCCCGUUGAUCACCCACCACCAAUCCGAUUUGCUCCAGCACCAAUCACCAAUCUUCACUUCACAAGUCGUCAGCUACGAUAACGAAAAUUCACAAGAUCACCUCAACAACGUUGUGUUCCACGCCCUCCUUGUUGAGCAAACACCAGCAGGAGUUUUGAAAAGCAAAGUCGAUUCCAAUGAUCAGUUCAGGGCUCAAGGUACAAAGAAGGAGACUAAAGUGAGCACACCCAAAUGGCGUCUUGGUGCUGGUGCAUUCUUGAACAAGGAAAUCGAUGAGGGAUCAACUGAGAAGGAAACUACAUUCAUACCUACUAUCAUCGAACUGAAAUCUUCUGGGCCGGAGACUGGUCCCGAAUCUGACUCGGGGUCUGACUGGGAUUCUGAUUGUGAUUCAUCAUCAUCUGAGAGUGACAGAAAGAGCAGUAUGAAGAAGAAGAAGAAGAAGAACGACAAGAAGAAGAAGACGUUUAAGUUGUUCAGUUUGGAUGAAGUCGUUACUACAGAUAAAGAGGACCAGAAAAUGGUUAUUGAUCAGGAUGUUGAAUUGAAAAAUGCCACUAUUGUUGAUUACUUCCAGGGUAAUAGCUCCAAUACCAUUGAAUCGAUGUUUGAAUCAAAAGCACUUAUCUUACAAGUGAGUGCUCUCGCAUUUCUUUGUCUGUCACCACUUCUUUAUCCUGCAACAACACUAGAGCCAGCAAUGCAAUUUCAUUCUUUGCUAUUGAUGGCUAUAGCCGUAGUAGUCACUGGACAACCCAUAUCAACUCCUUCCACUGCAACUGAUUUGAUCCAAACAAACGUUUCCGGAGAAAUUGACUUGACAUACCAAAGUUAUAAUCUCACCAUCUUGGAUAGCCCCGUUAUUUACACCAACGCAUCUGACCCUGAACUUGAAGCCUUGAUUAAAAAGAAAAAGAAGUUGAUCCCCAAAUGGCAAUAUAAUGCAGGUAUAUAUCUUGAGAAAAAAGUCAACAAGAAGCUCUUGAAGAAAGCUGGCAAGGGAGGAUUUGCACUCAUGUCAACAAACGGUGGCGACAGCACUUACGCGGUGAUUAAUGGCAAUCAAGUUGAUGGUGGGGAGAUUUACCGUAUACCUAGUUCAUUUGUCGUUGCCAGAGCCAGCCCAAAUACCCACUCGUUAUUCGCCGAGAACGUCACCGAUCAUGUUUCAAUUUGUUUCGUCAAUGAAACCAUUGGAUCGCAAUUUCAAAAAGCAUCAAAAGAGCUGGCAACUGCUAUAGAUGAAACCAUUGAGGAAAGCUCCAGUGGCUCCUUUUCCUAUGAUCCACAAACAUGCAUUUGGACAGUGUUGUUGGUUGCAUUCUGUUUAUUAUAA